ACCGUGAAUGGACCUUCAAUCUACACAAAUGUCGUCGACAGCGCCCCGAUAUGGCGGAAUUUGAUGAUUUAAAGCAUAUGGUGAUGAGUUUUAGGGUUUCAGAACUCCAAGUGCUCCUUGGCUAUGCGGGAAGAAAUAAGAGCGGUCGCAAGCACGAACUACAAACCCGUGGCUUGACUCUACUUAAGAGUGGCUGCAGCACCUCCGUCCAGAUCAAAAUCCGAGAGUUGUAUCGCAGGAGGUUCCCCAGAAGACUGAUCAACCCACCCCAAUUCAUGCCGGGUAUGUCAGAAGGGUCCGGGUCGGGCAGUACAUGUAGUAAUAGUACCACAGGCACCAGUCACCACAGUAGUUCAUCAAGUAACCCUCCACUUCCAUCCUACCCAGGGACUAUGAAUAUUCAUCAGAAUGUCCCACAUGAACUCUUAGGGGGAUCGUGUCAGCCCCAGCCGUUUCAUCCCGACGUGAAGUUGAAAUUGUUGCCGUUUUACGAUGUACUAGGGGAGCUUGUCAAACCUACAGGAUUGAUGCCGCCAGUUGGAAACAAAUUCCGAGAGGUACACAGAACGGUGUUUUUCCACUUCACCCCCGCACAGACGCAACAGAUAAUAGAGCAAAGAGCACAAGUGCAAUUAAGGUUUUGUCUUGCAGAAACAAGCUGUGACCAGGAUGAUAAAUUCCCUUCCAGUGUGUGUGUAAAAGUCAACGGAAAACUCUGUCCUCUGCCACCGUUCCUGCCACAAACCAAAGCAGGGACUGAACCUAGGCGGCCGAGUAGACCGGUUAAUAUAACCCCGCUUAGUCGAUUAACUCCUACCUCACCCAACCAAGUAGACGUUCAGUGGAUCCCAGAGAUUGGCCGGUCCUACUGUGUUGCAGUCUACUUAGUCAGUCAACUUUCAGCAGAGAUUCUUUACCAGAGAUUAAAGAAUAACGGAGUCCGGAAUGCAGACCACUCCAGAGCACUCAUUAAAGAGAAGCUCGCCCACGAUCCAGAAAGUGAGAUCGCAACCAUGAGCCUUCGAGUCAGUUUAAUGUGCCCCCUGGGCAAGAUGCGCAUGAGCACGCCGUGUCGCCCAAUAUCCUGCAACCACCUGCAGUGUUUCGACGCCGUGCUGUACCUUAAGAUGAACGAGAAGAAACCAACGUGGAUCUGUCCUGUGUGCGACAGGAAAGCACCGUUUGAUUCCCUCAUCAUUGACGGCCUAUUCAUGGAGAUCUUGGGGCAUCAUACGCCAAGUCUUGAAAUCCAGUUCCUUGAAGAUGGCUCCUGGCAGCCACUUUCUGAGAAGAAACGGAGAUACAGCUCUGUGAUGAACAUCAGCGGUGAGGACUUGUCAUCGAACAAGAAGUCCAACGUGGAGUGCAUUGACCUGACUGUCUCCAGCUCAGAGGACGAAGGCGAUGAGACGGAAGAAGAAGUCAGCAGCGACACGGAUGAGGACGAGGAGGACGAUCAACCCGUCCCGAGACCCCAACACCGCGCCACAACGAUGCGGGUCACCGAGGACGACGAAGAUGACCCUGAGCCUAACGUCAUCUCACCGUCGCCGAAAUCACCGCCGCCGCUCACGAUGACGAAUAAACGGUACCCGAUAGACUACAGCUUACAGCCCCCACUGCCGACACCUCAUCACUCAAGCCUCUUACCCUCCAUGGAUCUGGGUCAGACGACGCAUUCUCAAAUGCCUCUCUUUGGUGGUGAUUACAAUUCACCGUACCUGCCGAUACCACAAUCAGAAUACCCUGGAAUGGAUCUGUACUCUUUACUUCACAAUGAUUCACAGUCACAAUACAUGCCACAUCUCUAUUUUGACCACCUCGCCGCCUCCAGCAACAGCAUCCGCAGCGCCAGCAGCAUCAGCACCACCAACAGCAACAGCAGCGGCACCAGCAGAACGGCCAGCAAUGGUAGCGCCAGCGGGUACAACCUCGCCGACGUGAUUGCGCUCGAUUGACGUCUUGACCCCAGUCCAGCCGAGAGUGCAUCACCUCAAAGAGCGGCCGGGCCGGGGAGCUACGUAACCUACACUAGUAGUAGUAGUAGUAGUAGUAGUGGUCGACAACAUCAUCCGUCGUAUUACUAUAACCCUCAGAACUACCUUAGCAGUUACGCCAACAACUAUCUGUCGGAACUGAGGUAGUAUCUGAUAUUCUACAUGUUCUAGUCUUUUAUUAUGUGUAUGGUUUAUCUAGUUGUACCACAUGUUUUUUUGUAUGGUUAAAGAUAUUUGCUGGGGACGUACGUAGCACUUUGUAAAUUGGUCCCUCUGUGGGGAUGAGUGUCAGGGGGAUAUAGAUCGACACGACAUGAUUGUUAAGGACUUACAUUCUGUGAAUAAUUAUAUGCUUUAUUGUAUAAACCAAUGAGCUCCUAUCAGACAAAACACCUGGGCCCAGUUUCAUAAAGCCUGUAAGCACAACAAUUUGCUAAGCACUGAAAAAUGUUGCUUAACAAAAAAAGGGUACCAAUCAAAAUCAUAUUAAGUUUACAUUGUUGUGGCUGGUGCCUCACACAGUUUUUUGCUUAGCAAUGAUAUCCUCUGUUCCGGACGGUACUUACCCGCUGGUUGUCCUGGACGUAUUUUGACUAAGGACUCAAAUAAUAAUCGCCCAAUUAACAAAAAAAUAGAUUAGAGGAAUAAUAGAGAAUUUGGAUCAAUACAUAAAGCACGCCCGAUACUUCACAGAGGCAACGAAGGCGAUUGCCUCCAUGCCCCCUGUUGUUCUUCUUUGUGCCCUUGAAAUGCUCC